UGGAAGUAAAGUGACAGACACACCGGCGCUCACUGCAAAGCAGCGAGUCUUGAACAUUAUUACCACGCUAAAACAGAAAACGACAAUACCCAGGAUUCUGUGCGUGACUUUCAGUUCCGGGGUCGGUGACAGUCAGCCUGUCAGCAGCAGAAAGGUUAAUGUGUGUGUGGAUGUAGCAUCUGUGGAGUGCUGUGAUGCCCCUGGAGGUCAGAUGGCCGUUCCCACAGUGCCCUGCUUUGGCAUGGAGGGUCUCCAGCUCACUGAUCAUGGGGAUGGUGGGCUCCUAUUCCUACUUCUGGACCAAGUACAUGAACUACUUGACGGUCCACAACCAAAAGGUUUUGUUGGACCUGAUUGACCAGAGGCCCUCUGACAUACCCCUCAUCACUCUGUCCAAUCACCAGUCAUGUAUGGAUGACCCGCAUAUCUGGGGCGUACUAAAGCUCAGACAGCUGUGGAGCUUCAACAAGAUGCGUUGGACUCCUGCAGCAUCUGACAUCUGUUUCACUAAAGAGCUUCACUCAAGAUUCUUCAGCCGUGGAAAGUGUGUCCCCGUCUGCAGAGCAGGCGAUGGAGUUUACCAGAAAGGCAUGGAUUUUAUUGUGGAGAAACUAAACAAAGGAGAAUGGGUGCACAUUUUUCCUGAAGGCAAAGUCAACAUGACUGAAGAAUUUAUACGGUUAAAAUGGGGUGUGGGUCGGCUAAUUGCUGAAUGCUCCCUUAAUCCGAUUAUACUGCCGCUCUGGCAUGUGGGUUUGAGUGAUGUUCUGCCAAAUGCGAAGCCCUAUGUUCCUCGAGUGGGGAAGAGAAUCACAGUCCUGGUCGGAAAACCAUUCAGUGUGAAAGAGCUUGUUGAAUCUCUACGAGCUGAAAACAAGAGCCAGUUAGAAAUGAGGAAGACGUUGACUGAUUUCAUCCAGGGGGAGUUUAGGAGCCUGAAAGCCCAGGCCGAGGUCCUCCACGGUCAGAUACAGACCAAAUCCUGAGCCCCAGCCGCCCUGCCUGCUGAACUGCUCACAGCCAACAAGAGUGAUGAUCCUUUACCCUGAGCUGAGGGUAAUACCUUUUCUACUGGAACACACACACCUCCACACUGAGAUGUCAUGGAGCCAUCACAAGCUUCUGAACAAUCCUUUUUUAAGUGGUGCUGUGGGAUCAUGAUCACUAUGGGUGGAAAAACUUAAGGUUGUUUGCAUUAAUGUUGAGGUGACAGAAACCUCUUUGUAAGUGUCAUGAUUUUAUUUUAUUUAACAAACGCAUCAUUAAGAUUCUGGGACAGACUCUGCCGAGUAGUUUAGAGAAGAGACUGAAUUCAUACCAGUCAAUGCUGUGUGACCUCGAAGCAGCCAGUCACUGAACUGGUCCAGAAGAGUGAAAGAUUGAGAACGUUUGUUGAUUCAUUUGGAUGUAUGAAGUAACAUAAGCGUCACUCAUUUAACUGGUCUUUGACCUGCUCAGUUGUAUUUCAGUUAUUAUCCCAUUGGUACCAUCUAUCCAGCCCAUUGUCCUAAUAAUAGCGCCUGUAUUGGAUGAUUCCACACCUCAUGAUUUACAUUCACUACCAACAUGCAGUGCCAGUGCAGGAAGUAGAGCGUCUGUUAUCGGCAAGUAGGUUUUCAAGGAAUUUGCUUUGGUAUUUUGGUGCAUAAACAUAAAUAAUAAACAAUAACAAAAAUCAAAAAAUACAAUUUAGAAAAUAUGUACAAUGUCAAUCAAUCAAACAGUCAAUAAAUGCCUUCAUCGUCAUUGCGCAGCUGUACAAUAAAAUUAGUGUGUCUGCAGUGGUACAUUCAGUAAAAAGAAACGUCACAGAUAAGCAGACACAUCAAAGACUAUAUUAGGUUGGAGCUCUAUCUAAUUUUUCAUACCUUCAUACUUUCCUGAAAUUACACCAGAGUUUAGGGUGUACAAUGUUAUGAGUGUGCAAUGUCACCCCCCCGAAGUAAAUGCCAAGUUCACUGCUUUCCUCAAGCUCUCUUAGCCUUUUCAGGCUAAUAAAUACCCAAAAGAAACUCACAAACUGUUACGAAAAGUUAUAUUCUUACAGCUAUUUUCCUUAUUCAGCAGAGAAAUACAACAGUACGCCUUUAAACUUUAUGUUUGUCUCAGUCACAGAACAAAGACUGGCUUACUUGCCUCGUAGACAUCAAAUAAAACUCACCCACAUCGCUUUGGUUAGUCUGGUUGGUCAUCUAGUUAGUUAGUCAACUGUUCCAACAAUCACCAAUUCCAAUUUGGCUGAAAUAUAACCUUAAUUCACUGAGUUAGAUGUAAAAAACAUUCUGUUUUUAUCCCAGUCUCUCUGCCGUUGAUGGUCAGCUGCUUAUAGUCCUGUAACCUAUGCCUCCACCACUCAGUCUCGAUGUCUGUCAGCUCAGCUGCCUGUUCCAAUAGUAGAGACGAGAGAGUGACCUCUGGUGGCACGUGCUGUGCACUACAUACAAAAAGUUUAAUAGAAAGAGGAGCACUUUUUUUCCAUGAUAUAUUUAAACUCAGACCUUCAGGAUUUCUAAAUACCCUGAUAUACAGUAAUACUGUGAUACUGCCCAAGCCUAUACUAUAUACAUGAUUAUUAAAACAAGAAAUGAGUAUAAAGUGGGUUAUUACAGCAGAAUGAGUAUGAUAUACAUAUUGCCGUAUUGUCAUGAUAAUAUUCCACAUGCACAGGAUAUUCCACUAAAUUGUCAUUGCACUUAUCUCACAAUGUGGUUAUCCACCUCUCUAAUUCUUUAAUGGCACUUGGGUCAAAGCUUUUCGGUAAUCUGGAAGUGCGAGCUUUUAGGAACCUGUAGCACCGUGAUACUCAACUUAAAGCCCUCGGGCCAGAUCUGAUAAUAAUAAAGUAAGGCUGUACCAUUUACCAGUUUUGACACUUGACUUUUUGGGAGUUGUCUUUGUAAAAUUUGAAACCAUUCUCUCUAUUUUUAACAUCUUACUAGCAUAACUGUAAGCCUGUCACUGGUGGUCAAUCUGUUUGAGUCACAAAACUCGGCUUAUCACAAAAUUUAAAGUCCUCCUCUGAGAGUUAUGUUGUAUUACUAUUUCUUAAUUUUUGGGCUAUUUGGGAAUUUUGGGGUAAUGGUAUAGAAAAACAAAGCAUUUGAGUACUGAUUUGGACAUGGAUUACCAUGGCAAAGACUGCAUUUGAAGCAUUUGGGUCAGCCCUAAAAAAAAGUGCCAGGAAGAACGUCCUGGACCCCCAACAGAGGUCUGGGUUAAGCUCUGAAUGUCCACAUGUACACAUGACCUGUGCGAGGCUGUGGUGACUAAAUUUGUCUUAUUUAGUCCUUUUAUCUAAAAAAAAUGAUUAAAUGAUUUUGCAAAAGUGGCCCCCGGGCAAAGCAAGUUGAGUAUCUCUGCUGUAGCUCUUUCCUUCCUUAUCUGUGAAAAGGUGUUGACCUGAACGAGAUGAGUCUUGACCUGAACGAGAUGAGUCUCUAAUGAUGUUUGUCACCUGACUGCGACAUCGGGUUCUGUAAAUGUCCUGUAGUGGUGGUAACUGAGUGCCUUAUAGUGCCGACUGUAUGACUCUCUGAAGAGCAUUCCUGUCUGCUGUGCAGCUGACAAACCACAACGGCAGUGUCGAGGCCUUUGCACACUGAGUCCGUCUUUUUCAGCUGCGUUUUUUUGAUGUCAUCCAAACUAAAAUUGUUACGCACAGAAACCUUUCACGCUGAUUCUGAUGUAUUUUAUUGUUCUAUUUGUUUCUAGUCGUUCUAUUCGAAACGACACACAUUUCCUCCUUUGCCUCUCUCCACUGGAGUUACCUGUCUGACUGACACCACUCCCUCCCUGUCUUUCAUUUGGCACAGCGGCUGCAUGAAGGGGCGGAGCUGUCCUCCCUCUCUGUGCGGUCCACAUCCUCCUCUUCAUCAUCAUGCACCUAAAUAUUACACUCUGACCUGUUUAAAGUGAGUUAACUGAAAUAUGAAAUGAUUCUGUGUGUCCUGUUCCUCUGUCUUGUUGCGGCUGUGUCCCGCCGCCACGUUUUCUUCACUGAUUCUUCGUCAAACGUCUCUAAAGGCUCUGACAUAUGCGAAAGAAAUCGAACCAGUUCACAAAACUUAGAUGACAGACAGAAGUUUUGGACUCAGUGUGCAAACAUGAUUGACACAAUGUGAGAUUAGAUGUACGACAAUUUCAGGAAAAAAAGGACUCAGUGUGUAAAGGCCUUAACUCUUAAAAGUGAAGGAGCUAGGCAGGAAUGUGCAGAUUUAUAUUUAAGGGGAUGUGCAAAUACUUACAGUAUUAAGAAUAUAAAGAAUAAACAUUGUGCAAAAUAAGGAUGCAGAGAUCAGGGUGGAGCCCUAAUACAUUGACUUAUGGCUGGGUGAUAUGGAGAAAAUUAAAUAUCACCUUCUAUUUUGCCAAACACCUUCAUAUCAGUAUCAAUCAAUCAGUCAAUUCAAUUUUAUCAAUAAAGCCCAAUAUCACAAAUCACAAUUUGCCUCACAGGGCUUAGGGCAGCAUACGACAUCCCUCUGUCCUUAGGACCCUCACAGCUGAUCAGGAAAAACUCCCCCAAAAAACCCUUUAACAGGGGAAAAAAACGGUCAGUAUAGCAGAGAUCUUGUGGGGUUGACUAUUGGUGCUUUUACAAAAUAUUUACACAAUGAGAUUUUUUUAAAAUAACCACCAGUAAUGUGGAUUUAAUGACUUAUGGGUAAAGGCUAGGGUUGCAACUAAAGAUUCUUUUCAUUGUCAAUCAGUCUAUUGUUUUUUUGGUUGUUGUUUUUUUUCUUCUUCGAUUAAUCGAUAAGUUGUUUGGUCAAAAAAAUUGUCAGAAAAUGGUUAAUAAUGUUGAUGGGUGUUUUCCAAAGCCGAGUGCACAGUCCACAGCCCAGAGAUAUUCAGUUUACUGUCCUAGAGGAGUAAGGGCUCAUUUAUGCUCAACAUUAGAUACAGAGACAGAGCCUUUUGUCCAUAGUCUGCGUUCAUUUUGUCCGUACUUGUGCAUGUUUUCUGAAAGUUUACGGAUACAGACGAAACGGAGUAGUACCACCAGAGUGCAGCAUAGUUCAAGCGUGAUUUGACCAUAGGGGACAAAGAAGAAAUUUUAAAUAAUGGCAGAACGAACAAAUCGGUAGUAAAGUAAAAGAAUUGGCUAUCCACGUGUCACGAUGUAUAAUGGCCCCACAGACCACUGCUGUCUACAACACUGCCCCCAUUUAAAGGUACAGUAAUGAGACCUCCUCCACUGUCACUGCGUUUGGUGUUGUGUGAAACAUCUGACUCUGCCCUCUCAUGUCAUCUAUUGGCUGUAUCUAUGACAUCAUAAAGGACGCAUGGAAGUAUGAGGGCAAUGACAAUUACAAUGCAUGUAAGGCCUUUAAGCCUUUAAGGAACCAAAAAAUAUCAGGGUUCCCACACAUUUUCAUUUUUUCAAAUUUCAAAACCGUUUUAAGGACCCUUAAUAAAAAAAAAAAAAGACAUGUUCUCGCCCCACUUGCUCAGCAUUUUUAAAACAUAUCAGAUUCAAACUUAUUCGAACAUAAUUUCAGCAAGCUGGCAUACAUAAAGAGAGAAAGGAAACAUAGGUAAUAGUUAACUAAACAUCACACGUCAACGCCUAUUAGAGCUACGUUAUGUCAACAACUACAGAAAAUGAAUUUGCCAUUAUGUUACAUUACGUGGAAGGUUAUCAAAGGAAGAUUAAUGUAACAAUUACAUUCCAUGCAACAAAAUUCCCUGACUCUUCCAAAACUUUAAAUGAUUUUUACUAGGGCUGCCCCUUGAAAGUCAGCAAUUCAAAUCAUCAGUCAGAGACCCCCUCUAGCGACUGAAUUUUUUUUUUUUUUUUUUUUUUGCUGAUCACUUCUGCUCAGAAGUGAUGAAUUUACAGCUCAUAGACACUUAAUAUGACACAGUCUCUGGCUUUCAUUUGAUUUCUAGUGUCGUCAAAAAAUGUUGUUGCACAUUUGUGAUCCAUCAUUAGCGCUGUUAGCUUGUUUACUGUAUUACAUGAAUGCUGCUGUCACACUGAACGUCCCACUGAGCCCCAUUUAAACUUUCAAAUUUUAUAAGGGAAAAAAACGAACUGUAGAAUAUUCAUAAUAAACAGCCAAAUCUGACUAACAUAAUUCUGAGUCGGGUGCAGCCCUAAUUUUUACUAAGUCAGUGAUUUUUCCAGACCUGGAAAAUAUGAUCGUAAAAUUCCAUGACUUUUCCAGGUUUUCCAUGAGCAUAGAAUCCCUGAAAUAUUCACAUUUAAGAAGCUGGAAUCAAAGAACUUUCCCUGUUUUUUGUUUGUUUGUUUAAUUACUUUAACUGAUUAAUCAACUGUCAAAUCAGUUGCUGAUUAAUUUAAUAGUGGAUGAUUUAUCGAUUAAUCAUUGCAGCCAUAGUAAAGGCAAAUAAUAGAACAGUUAGAACAAUCUGGAAUGCAGCCUCUUAAACCAGGAAAAAACAUACAAUAUUAGGAUACCCAAAAUCUAAGACUAUAUAGAGCCUCAUAUCACCAUACUGUUAUAUUGAUACAUUACUCAGCCCUAUAUUGAAUGGCUAUUGCAAAAGAUGUGCUGACCAAAUCAAAAUAUCAAAAUAUUAAAGAUUAAAAACUAAACCAAGUGUUUUGGUUGCCUUACCCUAAUCAUACCUCAGCUGUAGUUAAGUUACUAUUUUACCUGCAAGAAUUUUAAAAAUGUUGACAUUGAAUUUAAAAAAGAAAGAAAAAAAAUACUUGUUGAAUAUAAUCCGAACAUCUACAAAAUUCUACUGACGUUUUUGUUGGUGUUUGGGUUGCUUCAACCUGUUACCCCAUUUUUAGGAGUUUAAAUAAUAAGUAUUAGCAUUUGUAAUCAAGUAAAGAGGUUAAUCAGCACUGUUCUGCACGGAUAACAUUUACAGCUGUCAGAAGCAGGCAGGCAGAGUAAAUGAUUGUUGGGAUAUUAUAAUGGUGAUUGUACCAUCAUGUAUUUUGCUUUUGUUUUUCUGGACUGCUCUGCUCAGUGAUACUGUCCAUAACAUCACCAUGUGUCCCAGUCUGUCUUUGUACUCCCUCUUGUACAUUCAAAUUAAGUUUGCAAAUCACUUCUCAGUACUGUAGAUAAUUUCUUUGUCAGAUGAAGUUUUGAAAUACAAGGUUUUCUGUAGAUCCUUUUCAACCUCUGAAUGCUACCCUGUUUCAGAUGUAUAUAACUUAUUUUAUCACAGAGAUGAAUGGCUUUUAUAAGAGAGGAAAGGCCACAGCUGAGUUAUCUGUGGUUAUUUUAUAAAUGUUUCGCCUUACUGUGAUUGCCACUCUUUCCUAUUGUAAGUGAAUGCCAAUAAAUAUUUAACUUUUCUAAAUUUGAA